GUUAUCUUUCUUGGGAAAUCUUCACAUUUUCUGACGGUUGACAAUCUUGUUCUGCUGAUCUCCAAUCAUUCUGUUAGGGACAGUUUUUCUACAAAUCUCUACAUGUUCAUUGAACAACAGCUUUUCUGGGCCAGACCAAUCUCACUGUUACAACAACAGUCAUUUUUUUUUCUGAAAAUCAAGCACACAUACUUUUUCUGAAACAACAUUAUCAGCUGAUCAAGCUUCCUCUGUCAACAACAGCUUUAUCGCAGAUUCAGGUCACUGUGUCAAUAUUUUUUUCUACAGAUUCCACUCACUGGGUCAAAGAACAGCUUUUUUUCCGAAGAUCUCAGCUUAAUGGAUAAACAACAGUUUUUCUGAUAUUUAAAACCUCUAUGAGUGCAUAUGUGGUUUUUUUUGGAAAUGGAAAAUUUAAGAGAAAUAUCCCUCAUUACUGAACAAAUUAUAUAUAAAGAGUUGAAUUGUAGUGAAAAUCUUGAACUCUCUCUCACUGGUGAAAAAUGUUACAGAUGUGAUCUAUGUGGCAAAGAGUUCACUAAGCCUAGCUACUUAAAAUUACAUUACCCUACGCAUACUGGAUACAAACGUUAUAAAUGUGAAGAAUGCGGCAAAAUGUUCACUCAAAAAGGAACGCUACAAAAACACAUGGUAAUCCACACUGGUGAAAAACAAUUUAAUUGUGGCAUUUGUGAUAAAGUGUUUACACAAAUUAGUAAUUUGAAUGCACAUUUAAAAACCCAUUCCGGUGACAAACCUUAUAAAUGUCAAGAAUGUGGAAAAGCAUUUGGCCAAAAAGGAAACCUAAAAAGACACCUUGAAACCCAUACUAACGAAAGGCAUUAUAAGUGUAAUCUGUGCGAUAAAGAGUUUACUCAGAAUCACAGCUUGAAGAGACAUUUAAAAACACAUACCGGAGAAAAAUCUCAUAGAUGCGAAACGUGCGGGAAAGCAUUCAGUCAGAGUGGACAUCUACAAAUACACCUUAGACAACAUACGGGUGAGAAACCGUAUCCGUGUGGUAUCUGUGGUAAAGAAUUUAGAUUGGCUGUAAACCUUAAGAUGCAUACAACAACGCAUACUGGUGAAAAACCAUAUUCUUGUGAAGUAUGUGGGAAACAAUUUGGUCAGAAAAAUUCUAAAACGAGGCACAUGAGCAUCCAUACUGGUGAGAAACCAUACAAAUGUGUGAUAUGUGGGCACAGUUUUAAUCAGCAUCAUAGUUUGAGGUCUCAUUUAAGAAUACAUACGGGUGAAAAACCUUAUAAAUGUGAUAUGUGUGAUAAGGCAUUUCGCAAUCGUCACAACUUGACAAAUCAUUAUGCUAUACACACGGGUGAAAAAUCCUUUUCGUGUGGUGUGUGUGGUAAAGAAUUUCGCCUAAGUCAGCAUGUACAGAGGCAUAUUAAUAGAGUGCAUGUGAAUAUACAUCAAAAUAGAAAUUAGAAUAAAUGCAUUCAUACAUUUUG